AUGAAAUUAAAUACAUAAAGAAUUAUUCCAAGUCUUAAGCCUAAAUUACCUUAACAACAGUAGUCAAGAUAAGAAGAGUGUUCCAAAAAAGGAUAUCGUGGCCAAUCAGCUGAAAAUAAAAUUACUACCAAGAUGCAGUAAUUAUUAUUUAUUAAAUCCAGAAUAGAAUUGAUAACAAAGCUAACACUCCAGAAAUGAUUAGAGUUUUAAAUAGCAACUUUAGUCCUACUACUAAAUAUACAGAUAUUCCAAAAACAAUUAAAUAAAAAGUCAUUAACUAACCAUCUAAAAUUCCAAUUAGUAACAGAACAUAGAAAAGCUAAUCCAUAGUUGUAGAAUUUGAUUAACCAAAGAAUAGAAUAUCUUCUUAAUUCAAAUCUCCUAAAGAAGUGACUCCAACUAAAAAAUAAUCUUAACCGAUUUUGCAAUAAUCAUAGAGAUUGACUAUUAAAAAUUAAUCUACAACAACUUAAUAAAAGAUGACUUAAGAAAAAUCAAAUAAUAAUUUAAAGUGCAAUGAUGUUAAUAAAUUAGAAUAAAGAAUAAAAACUUAACAAAAUGAAAGGUAGAAAUAAGAAUAAAAAAUCAUUUAAAAGAUGCCUUUGAAAAAAGUAAAUCCAAAAAAAGAGAUAAUUACUAAACCCUAAAUUGAUAAGCCUUCAUAAAUUAUGUCAACUAGAUAAAUUCCAUCAAGAUAAUCAUUUUCUCCAUCAAAUCAAGUUACAAAGACUGCAUAAACAACAAGGGGUCACUCUCCUUCAACUCAUUUAAACGAUGUUUAAAAUGGAAAAUUAUCAGCCCUUUUAGUAAUCUUAAUUUUAUAUUAGACUGUAAUUAGGCCAAUUUUUAAAGAAGCAAAAUAUUAUUAGACUUCUGUAAUACAUUUUUUGAGAGAAGAGUUUUUUCCUAAUACUUCACCAUAUUAAGUGCAAUAUAAAAUUGAAUUUCAAGAGUAAAAAGACUAUUUUAAAACAAAAUUCUGUGAUCAUUUUAAUCUAACUUAUAACUCUUUAAAACAUUGUUCUCAAUUGACCUCAAAAAAGCCUAUAACCUCAAAAUUAUUAAAUCCUCCAAAAAGGCCAACUUUUUCAUCUGAAACUAUUAAAACUCUAGUUUUUGAUCUUGAUGAAACAUUAAUUCAUUGCAACGAUAUCAAUGAUAAUCCUACAGAUUUUAAAACAAUUAUUCAUAUUCCUAAUGAACCAGAAACAGAAGUAAACUAAUUUAAAUAUUAUUAGAUACGUUUUAAUAUAAGACCACAUUGUUAAUAAAUGUUGAAGGCUCUAUCUUAAUUUUAUGAAUUGAUACUAUUCACUGCUUCAUAUAAGGAAUAUGCAGAUAAGAUUUUACAAUAUAUUGAUCCCAAAGCAAAUCUCUUUUCAUAUCGAUUCUAUAGGGAAAACUGUUUAGAACUAGAAGAGGGACUUCUAGUUAAAGAUCUAAGAGUAAUUGAAGGCCGAAAGUUAGAAGUAAACUUAAUUUAAAUCACUAGAAUAUGGCAAUAAUUGAUAAUUCUGCUUAUUGUUACAUUUAUUAAUUGGAUAAUGGUAUUCCAAUUAUUCCCUUUGAAGAAAACAAAAAAGACAAGGAGUUAAUCUUUAUGGCAGACUAUCUAAUUAAAUGUGAAAAAUAAUUAAAUUGGCUCCAGCAUCAUAAAUAACACUUUCAAAACGAACUAUACCUCCAGUGUUCAUCAAUAGAAGAAUGUAUACAAAGAUUAUUAUAAACAUAAAAUUAUUGA